AUGGGGGACUGGAGUUUCUUGGGCGAGUUCCUCGAGGAGGUCCACAAGCACUCCACAGUGGUGGGGAAAGUCUGGCUGACCGUGCUCUUCAUCUUCCGGAUGCUGGUACUCGGUACCGCAGCCGAGUCCUCCUGGGGGGAUGAGCAGUCUGACUUCAUGUGCGACACCCAGCAGCCCGGCUGCGAGAACGUCUGCUACGACAAGGCUUUCCCCAUCUCCCACGUCCGUUUUUGGGUCCUCCAGAUCAUCUUUGUCUCCACCCCAUCCCUGGUGUACAUGGGCCACGCGAUGCACACGGUGCGCAUGGAGGAGAAGAGGAAGAUGAAGGAGGCAGAAAGAGAGGCCCAGGAGAUGAAGAACAGCGGUGACAAUUACUACCAGCAGAAGUGCCCCGUGGCAGAGAAGGCCGAGCUGUCUUGCUGGGAUGAAUCGGGAGGCAAAAUUAUCCUCAGGGGCAGUCUGCUGAACACCUAUGUCUACAGCAUUUUGAUUCGCACUGCCAUGGAAGUGGCCUUCAUUGUGGGACAGUACGUCUUGUACGGGAUCUUCCUGGAGACCCUGUACAUCUGCCAGCGGGCACCUUGCCCCCACCCUGUCAACUGCUACGUUUCCCGUCCCACAGAGAAGAACGUGUUCAUCGUCUUCAUGCUGGCUGUGGCCGUGCUGUCCCUGUUCCUCAGCCUGGCCGAGCUGUACCACUUGGGCUGGAAGAAAGCCAAAGAGAGGUGCUCCCGGGCUUACAAACCCAGCCCCAGCACAGCUCCUGGCAGACUGGAGUCCGCCCCGCAAGUGGAAAGGGCGCAGAUGUACACUCCCCCGCCCGAUUUUAAUCAGUGCUUGGCGAGUCCCAACGGGAAGUUCAUCAGCCCCUUCAGCAACAAGAUGGCCUCCCAGCAGAACACCGCCAACUUCGCCACCGAGAGGGUCCACGGCCAGGAGGAUGCUGCCGGUGAAGGGCCCUUCAUGAAGUCCAGCUACGCGGAGAGCCCAGAGGUGGCCAACGAGUGCGCGGCGCCUGCCUUCCCCGAGAGCUACUUCAACGAGAAACGCCGCUUCAGCAAGACCAGCCGUGCCAGCAGCAAGGCGAGGUCGGAUGAUUUGUCUGUGUGA